GUCUGAAGCACUAACCAGUAGGCCACGGGUUACAGUACCAUAGAAAUAUAAAUACUCUAUCCAUCUCUUACUGUACCAUAGAAAUAUACGCUAUCCAUCUCUCACUGUACAAUGCACAUGUCUUUGGCCGGGACUUUCACAGUAACUCUUUGUACGUGUGGCAUAUGACGCAUGUAGAUGGGCCUGGGUAAUCCCACUCUGGCGUUAUCAAAAAGAGCGCUAUACAGCACAUUCAUGUAUUGAAUGGUAUCUGUAGCUCUAAUAUAAUGGCAGUGCUAAUAGCAGCCAUCGGGUGACCCAGCAUAGUUGGAGGAUGUGAUCACAGACGUCUGAUGCGUUUAGUCUACAUAUCUCAUGUCAUGUAAUUGUCCACAGAUUUACAGCAUUUAGAGCUCUACUCUUUGGGUCUAAAUGAAAUCAUAGCUUUGUGUAGCGGGACAGUUUAGCGCUCGAGGAGCACGUUCAUCACUGUCAUGUGCCGGACUUUUACAUCCAUUGAUCAUCUGUGGAGUCCACGUCACACACACACACACACACACACAAAUAUACAGUCACACACACACACAGUCACGCACACACACACAGACACACACACACACAGAACCCACAGAAGCCACUGGCUUCCUACACCGCUAGCUAAAUAAGUCCAGGCUCGUGACAAAUCCCGCUAUUCCCAGGAUAUUCCGGAGCAUUCCUCGGCAUGUUUGGCAGCGUCGGCCAUCGCAGUCUCCCCUCGGAGAUCGCUCUUUUAUGUGAAAGAAUGUUGAACGGCCGAAGAGGACUGACCUGUCUGCGCCGAUUCUCAUCCAGAGCUUCGGAUGGCUCACAUUUAACAGGCACUGCCAUGUCCCGGCGAAGUAUGAGGUUACUGACGAGCGGUUAUUACCGUGACGAUGGCGAAAUGAACGAGAGCAGCAGCUCUCACCAUGUGUCUUACCGAGAGAGCCCUGUCAGGGUGUUUAAGAGGAGGACCGUCUCUCAGAGGCAGACUCUGUCCUGUAACGGGUCACAGGUGACCACUCCCUCCCUCCCCCACACCGGGUCUCAGACGGCAGCAUCCUGCCUCUCCUUCAGCUCUCUGGCCAGUAAGGAGAGUUUGAGAGGUGUGGCUUCUGCCCUGAAGGCAGCCACUCAGAGCCAGGGCCAGUACAUUAGCCCCGCCUCCCGCUUCAGUGCGCCCUCUGUGUCUCGCUCCUCCUCCUCUGGCCUGCUGUGUCCAUCUGUGCCCACUGGCACCGGCGGCAGCUGCAGCUCUGGGCGCCCCCUGCUGGACCAGUCGUGCGUGACCUCUGGAUACUCGUCCUCAGAAGGGUGUGAGGCCGACCUGGCCCCCACCUGGAGGAAGAGGAGCAGGCUUCUGAGCAGGAGCCAGCGCACCAGUUCUUCUCGGAUGUUUUGUGGUGAUGCUGAGUCUGUGGACACAAGUUUCACACGAGUGCUGUUCGCUGGUCUUGCCCUGCUCUGCUGCAACUUCUUUGGCCUCCUCAGGGAUGUGCUGCUUCUCAGCAGUUGUGGCCAGCUCUUGAGGAAGCCGGCACUGACUGUUCUGACUUUGACCCUUAUUGCUACUGGUUUCUGGUUAUGGUACCCUGCUCUCACCUCUCUCCUGAUGGUUGCUGAACCUGCCUUGCCUGGAUACAGCACGUCUACACUCGGCAUAAACACGGACCCAAGGAUCGUGACGGAUUUCAACGUGUUCCGUAAGGAAGUCCUGGACUGCAUUAACCAAGGAGAGGCCAGAUGGAAGGACAGCUGGACUCGAGAACUGGAAGAUGUUAAUCGAGAGAUCGGCCUUCUGCAGAAGGAUGGAGAGAGACACAGACACAUGUCUGAGAUUCUGAGUGCAGAAAUGACUCCUUUUAAGGAUGUGGCAAAAAACAACGACCUUGACCCGCAGGCUUGGGUGACUGUUGGUGUGGCCAAAAAGGUCACUGAACUCAAAAACAGUGUGUCGUACCUCAGAACUGUCCAGCGCAACGUGGAACAACGGCUGGAUGCCCAAGAAUACACCAAUGCUCAGCUGAAGAAGGAGCUCACUGAUUGGCUGAAGAGAGAGCUCUGGGCGGGACGACUUGGUCAGGAUACAGGAAGUGUUGUUCUUCGUCCUGAACUGCAGGGGGCGCUGGAGGCUCUGGAGAAGAGGUUGCUCAGGCAUUUGACUGAAGUAGCACACAAGGAAGGCAGUGACAUGUGGAGGACUGUGGGAGAGAGCCUGCAGAAGGAGGGACUUGGUGCCAUCAUGGUCAAGGAUGUCCAUGAGAUUGUUCAGAGAGCAUUGUGCCUCUAUAAAGCAGAUGGAACUGGCAUGGCUGACUACGCUCUGGAGUCUUUAGGUGCUACUGUGAUCAGGUCCCGUAGCUCAGAAACAUACCGCACCAGGUCUCCGUGUUACAGCCUGUUUGGGAUGCCACUGUGGUAUGCUUCAGAGGGUCCACGCACUGUUAUACAGCCUGAGAUGCAUCCUGUGAAGUGCUGGGCGUUUAAAGGCAGUGAGGGGUUCCUCACCAUCACCCUGUCCCUCCCCGUGCGCAUCACACACGUCACCUUGGAGCACAUCCCCAAGAGCCUCUCCCCCACCGGUCACAUCGACAGCGCCCCGCGAGAGUUCGCCGUUUACGGCCUGAGUGGCUUUGAUGAGCAGGAGGAAGGGAAGUUCCUUGGUAGAUUCACGUAUGACUCUGAUGGCGAGCCCAUCCAGACCUUUGAGCUGCCGGACUCUGUGAAGGAUGUGUAUGGUGCGGUGCAGUUGAGGGUUCUCAGUAACUGGGGUAACCCUGAGUACUCCUGCGUCUACAGAUUCAGGGUUCACGGCCAGCCACACCCCCACUGAGAGACACAACCUCAGCAAAGACUUUAUUUUCAUUACCCUAGUACUUUAUUUUCUAUAAUAAUAAUAUAUUUGCUUUCAAGCUGAAACUAUGUUUCAAGUGAUUUAUUUAUGAUUGUUGAUUGCAUGUCAUGUUGAUCGUCAAUGCAGUUCUGUAUCAGGGUACACAGCAUAAAGACACUGGAAAGAAACAAAGAAAAUAUUUUUAUUGUGUAGGCUACAUUUUAAUAUAUUACAAUGUUAUGUGGAGAUUAUGUUGGUAAUGUUAUUUAAUAUGUAUUGUUAAUUAUAUAAUGUCAACAAAUCACUAACAUUUUACUUUACCAUGAUCAUUAGAUCAUAUUCCCAGCUUUAUGAUAAAUGCAGAGACCAAAUUUCCCUCAAGGGAUCAAAAGUAAGUAACCUGAUCAUAUGAAAUAAAUAAGAGUGUGUUUUCUGAUA